AUGGCCAUGAGGGACGUCUUCCUGGAAUCCUUCCUCUUCAACCCCCCGUAUCUCUCAGCCCCCCUCCAUAGAAUCAAGAACCACAAGUUGAAGCAGUCGUUCCAGAUCACGAAGGCCGUCACCAAAACUGUGGUGGCCCUCGCCACCGAUAGAUUCGGGGACAGCUCUGAGGCAGCCUCGUUCGAGAUCAUCUCCCGAUGGGCUCCCUCGCUCUUCGUCAACCCCUCGGACACCAUCUGCGCCGAGUACAUCGACUAUUUCGGAGUCCGCGAGUUUAUGGCAGAGCAUAAAUUAGAGUUCAUAUGGAGAACUUCCGCCCGGGUUUGCAUCUCAGCGAGGACCCUGGCCAUCUGGAGGGAGGAGACCGAGGCGUUGCACCUUCUUCCUUCGGCGGACUUGCAUGUUAGCUCUUGUGCUUCGUCUGGUCGGAGAGCCGCCCACUCCAUCCAGCAGUGGUGGAGAUCGGAUUUGGCGGAGACGUGCAGUCGCCAUCGAUACCAUUCUGAAUAA